GUGCCGGGACCAGCUGCGGCGCGGUGGGCACCAACACUCUGCUUUCCCGUUCGGGGCUUUCGUCUUGGAGGCGACCACGACGAGGGGCGAAGGCCGGCUCGGAUACGGACCAGGUGUCGGGCACGGGUCUGGCCCCCUUCUUGGCAGAGCCGCUCCCCGGGACGCGCGCGGGCCUCGGCAGAGUAUAAUAAAGAGGAGCGGCCGCGGCCGCUGCGCGAGGAGGAUGGGAACUCCCCUAUUUCCAGCUCUAACAAACGGACUGAAAUCCUGAAUGGAGGAACCCGCUGACUUCAUCUGCUUGGGAAAAUCGUCCAGAGGAACUCAUAUUUGGCUGCUCUGAGAGGUGGAGGGGGUGUCCAUGACGAGGCAGGGGGUAACAGAUAUCUGAAACCUCCCGUAUGAGCUGCAAACUGUGACCAAGCAGGGGGGAAAUAAUCUCUUUUAUUUUCAUGCAAAGGGCUUUAAGCAUCUGUAUCAUAAAUUACUUCUAUGCCUUAUACUCAGUUCAGCAGAAACCAGAGGAGUCCUGUCUAGGGGCCCGGUCGUUAUCCCGGGGACCCGCCGCCGCCAACCGCCUGCCUUCAUUUUCCCACAUCCCCCUGGAACGGCUGUUUGGGGUAACACGGUCUAUCCUUCAGAACUGUGGCCAAAUCUCCAUGAAUGCUCUGCUAAUUUGUGGGACUUAACUCCCAGAACCUACAUGCGGGGCUGGAAUUUAGCCCAAAUGUUUCGAGGAAAUGACAUUUUAAGCCGUUUUAAAAACACGUUUUUUUUUAAAAAAAAUUCAUCCCCUUAAAGCAGGAUUUGAUAGGUUUAAAGACAUGACAGGUAAGAACUUCCUCUUUCUAGUCUUUUAACCCCGGACGCAGGGAAGGUCGAAGCGGAGCAGGACCCUGGAGGAGGGAAAGCCCGGAGACCCGUGUGCCCUUCGGGGCUCGCUGGCGCUCCGCCCGGCGGCUGCUUUCGGGAGAGGCGCAGCCCUCACUCCUGGACGGCUGGGGAAGCUACUAGGGCGCGCGCGGGAGGCGGCGCUGCGCUCCACCUGCCUUGCCCCGGACAGGGCCCGGGGGCUAGGCGUCGAGGGACUACCCCGAGUCAAUAUUGGGAUUUUUAAUAAACCAAGGAAUGGGAUUUUAAUUAUUCAAAACCCAGCUCCUCUGGGUCAGAUGCUGUUGGGAUGGUCCUGGCCACAUAAUAUUAAAGAGACCGAUCACUGAGGGGACGAGGAAAGCGUCCUAGACAUCCAUUGCAAUUACGAAUGAACCAGCGACUUGCUAGCCCGGGACAUUGAUUGCUGGUGCCCAACCCGACCCUCCUCUCCUCUCCCCAUUCCUCCCCCCACCCCAGGCAGCUCUGGCAGCAGCCGGGACCUCGCGUCCCUGCAUUGUGGCCGGGGCUGCAUUUUUCAUGAGCCCGGGGUGAACAGGUGCGAAGUGCGCUGGGAGCAUCCGGCCGACGGCCGGGCGCGGGGAACAUGGAGAGCGAGCGCGACAUGUACCGCCAGUUCCAGGACUGGUGUCUCAGGACUUACGGGGACUCAGGCAAGACCAAGACGGUGACCCGUAAAAAAUACGAGCGGAUCGUCCAGCUCCUCAACGGCUCCGAGUCGAGCUCCACGGACAACGCCAAAUUUAAAUUCUGGGUUAAGUCGAAGGGCUUCCAGCUGGGCCAGCCGGACGAGGUCCGUGGGGGCGGUGGCGGCGCCAAGCAAGUGCUCUACGUGCCCGUCAAGACCACGGAUGGCGUAGGGGUAGAUGAGAAGCUGUCUUUAAGGCGAGUAGCUGUGGUGGAAGAUUUCUUUGACAUUAUUUAUUCAAUGCAUGUGGAAACAGGGCCAAAUGGAGAACAAAUUCGAAAACAUGCCGGACAAAAGAGAACUUACAAAGCAAUUUCAGAGAGCUAUGCCUUCCUACCAAGAGAAGCGGUGACACGAUUUCUAAUGAGCUGCUCAGAGUGCCAGAAAAGAAUGCAUUUAAACCCAGAUGGAACAGAUCAUAAAGAUAAUGGGAAGCCUCCCACUCUGGUGACCAGCAUGAUUGACUACAACAUGCCAAUCACCAUGGCAUACAUGAAGCACAUGAAACUUCAGCUGCUGAACUCACAGCAAGAUGAGGAUGAAAGUUCAAUAGAAAGUGAUGAAUUUGAUAUGAGUGAUUCAACACGGAUGUCAGCUGUGAACUCAGAUCUUAGCUCCAAUCUUGAGGAAAGAAUGCAAAGCCCCCAGACGCUUCAUGGCCAGCAAGAUGAUGAUUCUGCUGCAGAUAGCUUUAAUGGCAAUGAGACUCUGGGGCACAGCUCGAUGCCUUCAGGGGGAACACAGAGCAGGGAGAUGGGAGACUCCAACAGUGAUGGCAAAACUGGGCUGGAGCAGGACGAACAGCCACUGAAUCUGAGCGACAGUCCCCUUUCAGCACAGCUGACUUCAGAGUACAGAAUAGACGACCACAGCAGUAAUGGAAAAAACAAAUAUAAGAACCUUCUAAUUUCUGACCUCAAGAUGGAACGAGAGGCAAGAGAAAAUGGAAGCAAGUCUCCUGCACAUAGUUACUCAAGCUAUGACUCUGGCAAAAAUGAGAGUGUAGACAGAGGUGCGGAGGACCUGUCACUCACCAGGGGCGACGAGGACGAAGACGACCACGAUGACCAUGAGGACUCUGAGAAGGUCAAUGAAACAGACGGAGUUGAAGCUGAGAGGCUGAAGGCUUUUAAUAUGUUUGUCAGGCUGUUUGUAGAUGAAAACUUGGACCGAAUGGUCCCAAUCUCUAAGCAGCCCAAAGAAAAGAUCCAGGCUAUCAUUGACUCAUGCAGGCGACAAUUCCCUGAGUAUCAAGAGCGUGCCAGAAAACGUAUACGUACUUACCUCAAGUCCUGCAGGCGGAUGAAAAGAAGUGGUUUUGAGAUGGAUGAGUCUGCUCCAGCUGACAAACAGUGUAAACCAGAGGCAGCCCAAGCCACCUUCUCAACAUCAACUGUUUCAGGCUCACAGGAGGUGUUAUACAUCAACGGAAAUGGGACCUACAGUUACCAUAGUUACAGAGGGCUAGGAGGGGGACUGCUAAAUCUGAAUGACGCUUCUAGUAGUGGACCCACCGAUCUCAGCAUGAAAAGGCAGUUGGCUACUAGCUCAGGAUCCUCCAGCAGUUCAAGCUCCAGACCCCAGCUGAGUCCCACUGAAAUCAAUGCCGUGAGACAGCUUGUUGCAGGAUACCGAGAAUCAGCUGCAUUUUUAUUGCGUUCUGCAGAUGAACUGGAAAACCUUAUUUUGCAACAGAACUGAGUCAAAUGAUGACCAUAUUCAUACUCACUGAGGUCUAAAUUUGCAGUUUCCACUAAUGACAUUUUGAUUUCCCAGCAGAGAUGCUUCUGGUCUUACUGCACAGUCUUUUAAGAGAAACACUUCCAUUAUGCCACAUUGUCCUUGAUCCAUAAAGUGAUGUGUUAAGGUGCUUCAAAGGAACUCUGACCUCUGAAGUACUUGAGAUAACUUUGUUCCAGCCUAUUGCUCUUUGUUUUAGUGUCAGCAUAAAUAUUGGAGGCUAAAAAAAAAAAAAAAAAAAAAGGAAAAAAAAAACACAACAGGCUGUAUAUUCUUAAUUCAAGGAUAAAGCAGAAGAAGCUUGUGGGAUUAAAAAAAUAAUAAAAAAUAGCUCAAGAUCCAAGUGCAAUAUUAGUGGAAUUUGCUGCUGACUCAUUGGACUGAAAGCUGCACUAUCUGGCAAAAAAAAAAAAAAAGCCAAAUUUUCUGUUGCUACAGGAUAUAACAACAAUUAAAAAGGAUCUUGUAUUUUAAAAAAAUAUAGGUAAUUUUUAUAAAAAGAAAACUUGUUUUUCAUUCAAAAUGGUCAUUUUUACUUUGGUAACUUUUUCAUAGAUCUUAAAAGAAACUGUUUUGAGAAACUACUGUAAGUACGUUUUCCACAUCCCUUUGCCUUCUCUUUCCAAAUUCUUUCUACAAAAAUAACACUUGAUGCUGGAAAACCCUUGCUUACGUUAUUUAGAUCGUCACAUCAGGAACUACUUCCAAGAGAAGCCUGCAUUUCUACACUCACGCUGAUCUCAAACAUCCCACUCAAUAUUGCAGCUUUACCAUAAACAGUUUUCAUCACAGCAUUUUUUAAUAUUAAAAAAGACAUCACUGAAAAAAAAAAAGUCACACCUUUGGUUUCUCACAGCUGCUUUCUGACAGGCAUCCCUAUAGCAGCAAUUGGAUGUAGAUGACUGAAUGUUAAGAGGUUGCAAGUGACAAUCUGAAAAUUUGCACUCGUCUGUGGUUUUCUUUUCAUUUCUCUCUUUCAGAAAUGGUUUCCAAAAAGACUGUUACCUCUCCUGAUAUGGUCUGUUAUAAUUUCCAGGUAAAAAUGACGUAAAGAACUCUCAGCGGAUGCAGCUGCAACUUACAGUGAACUAUUCCUAUUUCCCAUACUUUGUCCUUCUUUCUUAUUUUCUACUGUUGGACACACAUGAAUGGUGUUUUCUUUGUGCACUGAGGCAAGUCUAUUUUUAAAAUAUUUAGGGAGAAUUACUUUAGUUCAUGCUUCUUGUACAAUUUUUUUCUGUUGUUUAGCUUUGGUUGGAUUACAAAUUCCUUGUGCAUUCCUGAUUUUGCCUUAUUUCAUGUAAAAUUUCUGUAAUCCUGUUUGACAAUGAGUUUAAGACAUCAGUGAUAUUUCUUAUCUACUUGUUACCUAUAGUUUUUCAAGUAAUGACUGUGAUUGUGACCAAGUAAUGUGCACUUUUUCUUGUAACUGUGGACAUUGCUAUGCUUUUUUCUUCUAGUGUUUCUAGAAUUGUUCCUUACAGUUACGUAAAAAAACAAAAACAAAAAUAACUUUUGUGAUACUGUUGGUGAAUAUGUGAAAAUCUUAUUGAAAUAUGAGUAUUUUGGAAAUACAUAGAUGCAAAAACACCUUUUAAGGUGUGGACUUAGAGUUUGCUUAUUUAAAUGAAAAUUGAAAAUUUGAGGGCUGGUAUAAUUUUCUGUUUUGUUUGGUUUAAUAAACAGAUUUCUGUGUUAAAA